AUGUCUGGAGUCCAAUUGUACAUCUCUAGCGUGUCAGCAUCGAGAGAGGUCAGGUCUCAACAGUCAGAAGUGGAAAGGGUUUUGGAAGUAAAAAGAAUAAAAUACAAACGGAUCGAUAUCUCAGUCAGUGAAACACUUCUGGAAGAAAUGAGAAGCAGGGCAGGCAACCCGAUUGCUCUUCCACCACAAAUAUUCAAUGAUAACAGCUAUUGUGGGGAUUACUGGCAGUUUUAUGAUGCUGUGGAAAAUGAAGAGAUUGAUCACUUCUUAAAAUUGGAACAGAAAGAGCAACAUGGCUGUGAACUUUCAACAGACUCCAAUCAAAAUUUUACUGCAGAAAGCUGA